AUCCCCUCCAAGUCCGCAAUCAUGCCUGCCAAGCUCGAAGCGACCCUGCGCGUAGGUGUUGACGUCGGUGGAACGAACACGGACGGUGUCCUGCUCGAUCCGUUCAGCACCUCGGAGGCCAACCGGGGCAUCCUCGCGUGGCACAAGGCGCCUACAACCACAAAUCCGAGCAUCGGAAUCGAGGAGUGCAUAACGCACUUGUUGAACGAGGCGAAGGUCGAUCCCUCGCGUAUCGCGAGUGUGACCAUCGGGACAACACACUUCAUCAACGCUGUGGUCGAGAAGGAUCGCAAUCGUCUCGCACCUGUCGCCGUCAUUCGUCUCUGUGGUCCCUUCAGCCGCGAUGUCUACCCCGGCAUUGACUGGCCCGCCGACCUGCGCGACAUCAUCUGCUCAUACUGCGGCUUCGUCGACGGUGGCCUCGAGAUCGACGGCCAGAUCAUACGCGAGAUCGUAGAGGAGCAGAUCAAGGCGGAGUGCGAGAAGAUCAAGCAGCUGGGUAUCAAGGCCAUCGUCGUGAACGGCAUCUUCUCGCCCUCGGACUUGGAGGAGAAGCAGGAGGAGCGGGUCGGCGAGUGGAUCGCUAAGUAUUACCCGGAGGCCGAUGUCGUCCUUUCCAAGCAUGUCGCCAACCUCGGCUUCGUUGCCCGCGAGAACGCCGCCAUCUUGAAUGCCUCCAUCCUCCCCUUCGCACGCCGCACCAUCUCCUCCUUCCAGCACGCCAUCGCCUCCCGCCUCAACCUCAAGUGCCCUGUCUUCCUCACGCAGAACGAUGGCACCAUUCUCCAAGCGCACCUCGCCGCGAACGUCCCCAUCCGCACGUUCUCUAGCGGCCCGACGAACUCGAUGUGCGGCGCCGCCUUCCUCGUCAAGCACGAGUUCGCGGAGAAGGAGAAGCGGCCCCUGCUGGUGUGCGAUAUCGGCGGCACGACGACGGACGUCGGCAUGUUGCUGGCGAGCGGUCUUCCGAGGCAAGCAGCUGCCAUAACGGACGUGUCGGGCGUGAUGAUGAACUUCUCGUGCCCGGAUGUGAAGAGCAUCGGUCUCGGCGGUGGCUCCAUCGUUCGUAAGGACUCGCCUACUUCCAAGCUCACCAUCGGCCCCGACUCCGUGGGCCACCACAUCAAGACGCGCGCGCACGUCUUCGGCGGCGACGUCCCCACCGCCACGGACUACGCCGUCGCUUGCGCGAAGGUCUCUGGCCACUCCCUCGACGUCGGCGACGCGUCGCGGCUCCCGCAAUCAUUCUACGACAACGCGGAGGAGUACCGCGAGGUCGUGAAGCGCAUGCUGGAGAACAUCAUCGACCGGAUGAAGACGAACGCGGACGAUAUCGAGGUCUUGCUAGUCGGUGGUGGUGCGGUGUUGGUGAACGAGGGCGAGGUCUUGAAGGGCGCGAGCAAGGUCAUUAAGCCGAAGUUCUCGGGAGUUGCGAAUGCGAUUGGUGCAGCCAUCGCCCGCGUAUCUGGUACCGUCGACACCGUCGUCAGCACGGAGGGUAAGACGACGCAACAGGCUAUCGAGAGCGUCGCGCAGCUGGCCAUCGACCGCGCAGUCGAGAACGGUGCUGUCCGAGAGACAAUCGAGCUCGCCGAGAUGGAUGCCAUUCCUCUUCAGUACAUUGCCAACAAGUCCCGCGUCAUCGUCAAGGCCAUCGGCGACUUCGACUUUGCGCACGUCGCGCCCACGCCCCCUCCCCUGGCGCCCGAAGAAGCUUCGGAAGGCGACGCCAUCCCCGAGAAGGACCCCGCAAAAUCAGGCAAGGAGAACGCCGCCCAGCUCUCGGCCGAGCAAAUCAAGACGUACAAGCCCACCGUGACCGCGCAGCGCGAGUGGCUCGUCUCCGAGACCGACCUCGGUUGGAUCGCCACGGGAUGCUACAUCCUGGGCACGGGCGGUGGGGGUACGCCUUACCCACAUUUCGUGCGCCUGAGGGAGAUGGUGAGGAACGGGGCGGUAUUGAGGGUGAUCAGCCCGGAUGACUUGAAGGACGAUGCGUUGAUCGCGUGCGGUGGGGGCAAGGGGAGUCCGACGGUGGGGAUCGAGAAGCUGGCGGGUGAUGAGAUGAUGGAGUCGCAGCGCAAGGUGUACGAGCUUGUUGGCCGGCAGCCAGACGCUGUCAUUGCGCUCGAGAUCGGCGGCGGCAAUGGCAUGCAGGGCUUGCUCAUCGGCGCCUCGACGAACAUGGACAUCCCGACCGUCGACGGCGACUGGAUGGGUCGCGCGUACCCCGUCGCCUGGCAAAUCACGCCCGUCGUCUGGGGUGGCGACAAGGCCCAAUUCGUCCCCACUUGCUGCGCUGACGGUAACGGGAACGUCAUGGUCAUGACCUCCGCGACCACCGAAAAGAUGAUCGAGCGCGCCUUCCGCGCCGCACUCGCUGAGAUGGGCUCCCAUGUCGCCUGCGCCAAGGGCCCCACGACCGGCGCGAAGACCAAGUCCUGGGCCGUCCAACACACCAUCUCCCUCGCCUGGCGCGUCGGCCGCGCCGUCGCGCUCUGCCGCGCGCAGAAUCAGCUCGACGCCGUCGCGGACGUCAUCAUCGACUCCGUCGGCGGGCCCUCAACUGCGCGCACGCUCUUCCGCGGGAAGAUCGUGUCCGUCGAGCGCAAGACGGUCAAGGGGCACGCGUACGGGGAAGUCGUGAUCAAGGCGCAGGAGGGCGAUGGGUUCGAGGGCACGAUGAAAAUCCCGUUCAAGAAUGAGAAUAUUCUGGCGACGCGGGUGAAGGAGGAUGGAUCGGAGGAGGUCGUGGCGAGCGUGCCGGACUUGAUUUCGGUGUGCGAUAGUGCGAGCGGAGAGGCGAUUGGGACGCCGGAGUACAAGUAUGGGAUCUUGGUGACGGUCAUUGGGAUUACGGCGUCGGACAAGUGGACGGCGACGCCGAGGGGCAUUGAGAUUGGCGGGCCCAGGGCAUUCGGCAUGGACGUCGAAUAUAAGCCUUUGGGUACGUUCGUGAAGCCGAAGAGUGUCAUAGACGAGUACGCGCCUCAGGCAUAGAUGUAGCUUUAGACUUGUAGCACCUUAAUUUAUUCAUUCAUCUAAACGCUGCGAAAAACAUUAGCUCGGAAAGGACUUACGA